AUGGCUGACACUGCCAAAGCUUUCUCGCCAACCCUAAGGCCCUUAUCGCAGCAAAGCGACCUCCUGCCCUCCGUAGAACAAGCAAAUGCCUCUAAAGAAGCUGAGCUAGCCGUCACAACUCACAUGGUCUUUGAACGUCAGAAGACGGGAAGCAAAGAGAAUGUUCGUGAAAAGGGAGUCAUAUCUUUACAGAAUCUGCCCUCGGUAGGGAUCUGA